AUGUCACAGUCAGCGAGAAGGCUGACCCAUCCAGUUGUGAAGAACGAAGGGCCAGACUUCCACGUGGAGAUCGAGAAGGUCCCCGUCCCCGAGAUUGGUAUGAGAUUCUGUCCCGACGUAACUGCAACAAAUGCUCACUUUCCAGGCCCGGAGGAUGUCCUCAUCCGACUGAAUACCACCGGCCUGUGCCUAAGCGAUGUCCACUUGAUGAGUAACGAUUGGAACCUCCCCAAAAUGUCCGCUAUGGGUACGAAAUGCGCCGGCCACGAGGGGGCAGGCGUGAUUGUCAAAGUGGGCGAACGAGUCAAAUGCCUGAAGGUGGGUCAGCGCGCAGGCUACAAGCCAAUCCAUGAUGUCUGCCAUACGUGCGAGGCCUGUAAAUCUGGUCGGGAAACCUACUGCCUGAGUGCGAUUUACACCGGGUGCCAUGUCAAUGAUGCAGGGUCCUAUCAGGAGUAUAUUGUGAGUCCCGAACGAUACACCUCCCUCAUCCCCGAUGGCGUGUCGGACUACGUUGCGGGUCCCAUUAUGUGCUCGGCGUCGACCGCGUACUCCUCCAUCAAAGAGUCCGGCUUGCGCGCGGGCCAGUGGGCGGUAUUUCUCGGUGGCGGCGGGGGUGUGGGCAUUCAGGGUGUGCAGCUCGCGUCGGCGAUGAGUCUGAGAGUCAUUGCCGUUGAUACCGGAACGGAACGCGCGGCACUUGCCCGGAAGUACGGCGCGGAGGAAUUUGUCGACUUUAAGACAGAAGAUCCGGUGAAGAAGGUGUUGGAGCUAACCGGCGGUGGUGCGCAUGGUGUCUUUGUCACGGCGGUCCAGUCUUACCCCAUAGCGCCGAGCUACAUGGGUUCUCGUGCCGGUGCAAAGGUGAUGUGUAUCGGGGUUUCCCCUAUGGGGAAAUACCAUGUUGAUUUGGACACGACUCAACUGAUCUUCCGGAACCAGUCAGUCCUGGGCACUCUGAGGGAAGUUGACCUUGAAUCCAACGGUGGUUGCUUGUCCAAGCUGAACGAGUCGGUGCAAAAGCUGAAGCAGGGAAAUGUGGCCGGCCGUAUCGUUCUCGACUUCAACAUGCCAUGA